AGAAAAAACACUCGAGUUGGCAUCAUGAAACUGAUCGGCUUGCUUCUUACUGUGGCGAGCCUCCGAGGGGGCUCGGCCACGGCCAUCGACUGGGCUUCUCUUGGCCCCCGUAUUGAGGCCAUGGCUACGACUGGAGAGGUGGACGAGCAAGUGACUGAUUUGUUCCGACUCAAGCAUACCUUCAAGCCCAACGGCAAGCCAAUUGAACUUCAAAUUUUUGAUGGAAUGUCCGAGAAACAAAAGAUUGAAUUGACUUGCGCAUUUUGCGAUCUCGGUGCAAGCCAGUUCCUCAGCUGGUUCAACGCCGGAGACUCUCCUGCGGUCAUCGUGGACAAGGGUGUCAAUCUUUGUCUCGACCUCAACGUCCAGACGGAGAGAGUGUGCAGGGGCGUGCUGGAAAUGUACGUGGACACGUUCUAUUACAUCCUGACCGAGCGUAACAGCACUGAGCCCGUUACUGUGACUGAAGUUUGCGGAUUCCUCAUCUUCCCAACAUGUUGGGUGGACAACCCUCGCUACCAGUGGACCCUGGACCUUGAUUUCCUCGGCCCCAAGCCAACACCAGAGACACCCCAGCUGCCUCCCGCCGGCUCGCCAGUGCUGAAGGUUCUACAGCUGACUGACAUGCACGUCGAUCCCAAUUACAGCGUCGGUGGAAACGGUGCCUGUGACGAACCGACGUGCUGCAGGGUCGACCAGGGCGCCCCUGUCAACUCGACGCCCGCCGGAUACUGGGGUGACUACAGGGACUGCGACUUGCCCGUGCACUCUUUCAUUAAUCUGCUUGAACAAACCAGCACUCAUAGUGACCUAGCGUAUGUAAUCUUCACCGGGGACAUCAUCGACCACGGCGUGUGGGCUACUACCACGCAGUACAACGUAGACCUUAUCAAUUUCUUCUACGACCAGCUCAAGUCCUCAUACAACGUUCCCGUGCUGCCAAUUUUCGGCAACCACGAGCCGCACCCGCUCAACGUAUUCACAAGUGAGGAGAUGAAUGUUCCCCCCGAAAUCUCGUCCGACUGGCUCUACGAGUUAGCAGUGGCGCAAUGGGAGGCAUGGCUUCCCGGGCAGAGCGCCAACAUUCUCAAGGGAGGCUAUUACGCUUACGAGGUCAACCCAGGCCUUAAGGUCAUUGGAUUGAACACUAUGUUCUGCUACCCCUACAAUUUCUGGUUGAUGCACACGACGUUUGACCCUGCCGGCGAAUUGAUUUGGCUGGCGAACGAGUUGCUCGCGUCCGAGCAGGCCAACCAGAAGGUGCACCUGCUGUCGCACAUUCCUGGCAACUCGGACUGCUACUACGUCUGGGGCAAUGAGUUCCGCAGGAUUGUAGACAGGUUUGAGAACACGAUCGUCGGCCAGUUCCACGGACAUACGCACAACGACCACUUCCACUUGUUCUUCGACCCGAAUGAUUCUUCGAGGGCCUCUGGAAUCGGUUUCGUUGGAGGCAGCGGCACCUCCUACAGCAACGUCAACCCUAACUACAGGAUCUACCACAUCGAUGGAGCAUACGACGGAUCAUCUUACCGAGUUUUGGAUCACGAAACAUGGUACUACAACCUGACGGAGGCAAACCUGGGAGGAGAAACAGUUCCCCCAAAUUGGCAGAAGCUGUACACCUUCACAGAGUCUUUCGGCGUCGCCUCCGUCUUCCCACAGGACAUGUACGAUCUCACCUUGAGGAUGAUCAACGACACAGAGCUCUUCCAGUUGUACUACAGCUACUACGUUAAGAUCGGUGACCCAUCCCUUGAAGAAGGCUGCGACGAAGCCUGCGUCAGGAAGCUGCUUUGCAAGAUUUUGACCUCGGUAGAAACUGAUUACACAGUGUGUGACCAGCUUUUGCCUCCACUUCCGUGAAAAUGUAAAUAAAAGAUAAUCGCAUUUGAAUUAAA